UUUCUUUAUGUAUGCUAUUAAAAAAAAUUUGUUCAAGAAGAAAUCAUUUAUUAUUUAUAUCACGGCUCAAAUGGUUUAUAUGACGUUUGCGUGUCAACAAUAAAUAGACACAGAACAAAAGCGAAAAGUUUCUUGUGUAAUCGCACUUGUUCGAUCCUUUAUUGUUAUAUGAAAUGAGAGUAUAGCUUAGGAAAAAGCCAUUACUUCAAGAUGAUCUCUUCUUAUUGGAACAAGGGUUUCAGUCUCCAAAAAUCAACUCGUUAUUUCACAAUUUUUUCCGCUAAAUAUUCAUCCGGUACUAAGCUUUUUUUCGAAAAUAUUCAUAGAGGCUUGAUUAGAGUCUCAGGCGAUGAAGUACAUGAAUUCUUGCAAGGCCUCAUCACGAACGAUAUUUCCCAUAUCAAUAAUACAUCUAAUAGAGAUAAUGCAAUGUUUACAAUGUUUCUGAACAAACAGGGUCGUGUGUUAUAUGAUACAAUAAUAUAUAGACAGAGAAAUGAGAAAACAUCAUGCAUCAUCGAAUGUGACCGCACAAUUGAAGAACAACUAAAACAACAUUUAUUGCAUUUUCGAUUUCGAAAAAAUAUAAAUAUAGAUAUUAUAACACAAGAGAUGAAUAUUUGGGCUUGCUUCCAGGAUUUCCACGAUCUUCAUAGAAACACGAAAAAUAAUUUUCAAGUUACACAUCAACAUGAAUAUUGGAAAUUGGGUGCUAUUAUUUGUUCUGAUCCCAGACUCCAACUGGGUUUAAGAAUAAUAACACCAAAAUAUUUACAAAUUCCAGACUUUCAACAUAUAAAUGAUGAUAGAAAGUGUGUUCUUCCAAAUACUUCAUAUAACUACAAGAAACUUCGAUAUAUUCAUGGAAUUAGUGAAGGAAUAGUGGCUUAUUUGGAUAAUCUUACCUCACAAAUGUUGGACUGUUCUAACUAUGACGAACCAAUAUUAAAUGAAAAGGACCAAAUUAUUGGCAAACUGAAGGGAAUUCAGGAUGAGUUUGGUAUUGGCCUUUUGAAAAUCGAUUUGGCGCUGUCUUCGAAGCAUCUUAAAAUUGGAAGUUUGAAUGCAUCAACCUAUCGUCCGACAUGGUGGCCACAAAAAAAAAAACUAAAAUAUGUUUUGCUUCUAUAAUUGAAUAGUAUUUUCUAUUUCUCAAAUUUAGUUUAAAUUUUCACACAAAUUUUUGCCAUGUCGAAAUUACAAGUUAAGUGUUGGAAUUUCCAGUUCGAAAA